GCUCUGGCCCCGGCUGCGUGGAGGGGUCCGUCCUCAAGCUCCCUCCCGUCGCUGUUGGCGCUAGGCGGCUGCGGCUCGCGGCAUGAGCUGGGGAGACGGGGCCGGCGCUAGGGCCCCCCCCUUCCUCCUCCUCCUCCUCCUCCUCCUCCCCGACGGCAGCUGCCUCCCGGGCCCCAGCGACUCCCCCAGGUCCCCGGGGCCGCCUGUCGUGCUGAUCCCAGGGGAUUUGGGUAACCAGUUGGAAGCCAAAUUGGACAAACCCACAGUGGUGCACUACCUUUGUUCCAAGAAGACAGACAGUUACUUUACGCUCUGGCUGAACUUAGAAUUGCUUCUGCCUGUCAUCAUUGACUGCUGGAUAGACAAUAUCAGGUUAAUAUACAAUCGAACAAGUAAGAUCACAGAGCCUCCAGAUGGAGUGGAUGUCAAAGUCCCAGGGUUUGGACAAACAUUUUCCUUGGAAUUCCUUGACCCUAGUAAAAGAAGUCUUGGCACUUACUUUUACACACUGGUGCAAAGUCUGGUAGACUGGGGCUACCAGCGGGAUAAAGAUGUAAGAGGAGCUCCCUAUGAUUGGCGGAAGGCACCAAAUGAGAAUGGAGACUAUUUUGUGGCCCUUCGAAAGAUGAUUGAGUUGAUGUAUGAACAAAAUGGAGGUCCUGUGGUCUUAAUUGCCCACAGUAUGGGUAAUAUGUACACUCUCUAUUUCCUCAACCAUCAGACUCAGGAUUGGAAAGACAAGUACAUAAAGGACUAUGUGUCACUGGGUGCUCCAUGGGGAGGAGUGGCUAAAACCCUUCAUGUGCUGGCUUCAGGUGACAACAACAGGAUACCUGUCAUCAGUUCACUUAAGAUCCGAGACCAGCAGAGAUCUGCAGUUUCAACCAAUUGGAUGCUACCCUACAAUUACACAUGGCCUCCAGAUAAGAUCUUUGUAAGCACACCCACAGUUAACUACACUCUCCGGGAUUACCAAAAGUUCUACAAGGACAUCAACUUCGAGGAUGGCUGGCUCAUGAGACAAGACACUGAGCCCUUGGUCUACCAGAUGAUACCACCUGGUGUGCGUUUGCACUGUCUCUUUGGCACUGGUGUAGAAACACCUGACUCAUUCUACUAUGAGGCCUUUCCUGAUAAAGAGCCCAAGAUCUGUUACAGUGAUGGCGAUGGUACAGUGAACUUGGAGAGUGCCUUACAAUGUCAAAAGUGGGUGGACAUGCAAAAGCAGGAAGUGAGAUUGUUUGAGCUGUCAGGAAAUGAGCAUAUUGAGAUGCUGUCUAAUGCUACAACUAUUUCCUAUGUGAAAAAACUUCUUUUUGGUUUGUGACACCCUAUGUGGACUGCUUUUUUUCCUCCAUCACCUGUGAUGCCUUCCCUUAAGUGAGGGGAAAAUGCCUUUUGAUCCUUUGGUUUUAAAACACUUGGGUUAUUUAUUUGGUCUCUUUUCAGGCCAUGUUCGGAAAGCUGUUUGGUGUCCUUAAUGAUCACUUCUCUCUUGGAUUAGUGUUCGUAAUGCAUCAUAGUGUUUCACGUUCUAAAGGCGUGGUCAUAUGUGCAUUCUGGUGCUGCUAGACGAAUUUUCAGUGUGCAUACAGAAGUUCACUUGAACAUUUUUCACACCUUUUGUGCAAUAUGUGCAGCCUACGCUGUUUUUCUUGUGAGCUUUGGAGAGUUGUGGGGAGAAAAAUUGCUUGCUGGUUACUCUCCAUUCGGUACUAAAGCAAAGUCAAGGAUUUUUUGAGUACAGUAACUUUCCCAAUGGGUCACAAAAGUUCUGAAUCAUUGUCCUUAAAUAAGCUAGUAAAUAUGAAGGUCCAAGCAGGUGGUCUAAAUAGACAUGGAGUUAAGAUACUGCAGGACUUUGGUCAUAUCCAGCUUACCUGUUUCUUCCUUUGUACUGCUGCUGGAGAAGAGGGAAAGUGCAUUAAUUACUUGAAGUUCCUUAUUUGAUGUCUUGGAAAAAUUGAAGAUGAUCCAGUUGUCCUUAACUCUAGUAACUUGAUGAUUUAGCAUCAAGAGUUUAAGGCUGCUGGCUUCAUGCUUUAGAUUUUCCCCCCUUAAUUUAAAAAAAAAAAGGUUAGUAGCUGUCACUCAUACAAUGGCUAUGGCUACAUGGUGUGUACAUUGAAAUCCACGGGAAUUUGGUAUCAGCAAAUUUUGUGUGAGGUGCUGCCUUCACAUGUCAAAGUGACAAGUUAUCUCCAUUAGUUCAAAUGGUAGGUAGAUCUCAAAAAACCCAAACUCCCUCCUACCCAAAACAAAUAAAAAUUAAAGUUCCCACAAUGGGGAAAAAACCCUUUGUAUGUAUCUUGCUUUCAGCCAAGUACACUUCUGCUGUGAUCCAGUUUCCAGCUAACUGACCAUCUUUCCUAUUGGAUCAAAAUUAUGUUUAAUGGAAAAAGCUUAGAAUUAGAGAAUUUAUAGAGUAAAAUACCUUUCCUGUAGGGGUACUGAGUUUUUAAUUUGGGUUGAGAAACAAACAUUUAAAAGGGGCACUAUGUAUUAGGCCCCAGAAAAUUGCAUAGCAUGCAACUCUCCAUGAAACAAUACUAUAGUGCUUAACCAUGUUAGACCACUUGUCAUUGCAUUUUUCAGAAAACUGCUAUGAAUCCUUCCAGGGUGCAGGGUUCUUCAGAAAGUUACCUUAAGAGUUAUGCUCAUCAGAAAUCCUACAGGAUUAAGAAUCCAUUGAUUUCUAAUGUUAGGAGAUUACCUUUUACACAACCACAAAAUUUAAUCAAUCCUGUAGUGCAUAGAGGUUGUUUGCUGCCAUUGAAAUAUUUGAUUAGGAUGUGCUGAUCGGACAGCGCUCUCUCAUGAGUGUUUGCUACUGCAGAAUGUAAACACUGUGGCACAGGGUGGAUCUAGAGUUCUCAAGAUUCUAAUAUAUUUUGUAUUAGCUAAUCAUUUCUAGAAAUCCUGACUGGGAUCAUUGGUAGGUUAAAUAUCUCCCUGUACAGAAGAGAGAAUAAGACUAACUCCCUGUCUCUGAGGGAGGACAAGCAUUCCUGAGUAGAAUGGAAGGUCUGUCACUUGGAAUCAGCUACCUAAGAUCUAGUGCUCUGCAACUAUAUGGCCCAAACGGACUUUCCUCCCUCAUCUGUGUGUGCUAGUCCACUGCCAUAUCUGAGUUGCCCAAUGGCUACCUGUAACAUAUGGUUGAUUGCUUAAAUCUUAGAAAACAGAAGGAUGAAAUCCUUUUAGUCAGAUUUUUUUUUGGUAGGCUUCUGUAGAUUGAUGCACCAAGAACCACAGUUCUACUCUAAGGCUCUUCGUAUGGUCUAACUCCAUUGUGAACAAACUACUGUAAGACUGGUCUGCAGUAGAUACAACUAUGAACAGUAACUGAUUCAAAGUCCAGCUUUUUCAAGUCUAUUAUACUUACCCAGGUAGAAAGCAUGCUUGCUAACUAGCACCAGGAUGGGAGGAACUGGAAUUGGCUCCAAGCAAAGACUGAAGAAUAUCGGUAGGGCUGUAGAAGGGACUCAGGCUCUACUUGGUCUGGAGGAUUUUUUUAGAACUGGUUUACAUUGGAAGCUUUCCAGCUCUGUGUGCUUAAUCUGUAAAAUGCUUAAAAAUCUACAGCAAAAGGGUUUUUUUGGCUUUGCUACUCUGUGCACUUGAAGAAGCAGAAAAAUUAAUGCUUCCAAAAGAGCUGCACUAGAUUACUCUGUUCUGAUUUAGUAUUUGACAUUUACUGUAUUUUCUCCCUUUGGGAAAUGCACUGCUCUGUGUUUCCAGCUCAUAGUUUUACCUUCGUGUCGAUGACCCUUUAGUCCACACUCACUUAGCUUUCCAUUAACAGAUGGACCCUACAGUUGCUUCUUGUGCUGAAUAAGUCUGCUCUGCUGCUUUUACUUAACACUGGUAAAGUGGAGUUGACGGCCCUCUAAACCUUGUAGGCUUGCUGUGAUUUGUCAGUGUAAAUCCUUGUUUCUUUCCUGCGCAGAAUUGCACAUCUUGCAUUAAAGUGUGAAUGCUGAGGACUCAGGAGGACUUGCAUCUGAUGAUUACCUUCCAUUGGGGGUGCUUUGUAAGACAGAUCACAAGUCUGAUUUCUCAUUUUCCAUCAAAUCCUCCUGAGUCCUGCUCUUUUGUCUACCGUGCAAUCCCAGGAUAGAGAUGUCCUCAGUAUGAAAUAAAUGGAGUACCUAAAAUACAGGGUUAAAUAUCCCAAAAGGUGGAAGUAGUUAAAUUGUGCAUUUCCCUUUUCUACUAGAAGUCUGUUUUCUUUAUUGUGUGACCCUCUGCUUUAGAGGGCAAACCCAAGUCUAUUUAGAAUCAUUUUAGUAGGGUUGUUUGCAGUGUUUUUAUAGCUAUGUUGGUCCCAGGAUAUUAGACAAGAUGGGUGACGUGUAAUAUCUCUUAUUGGACCAACUUUCAUUAGUGAAAGACCAGCUUUCAAGCUUACACAGAGUUCUUCUUCAGGUUGGUGGUAAGACUGCUAAAGUAUGUGCUCUUAAGUAUUCUACGUUCUUGUGGAGAAACUAGUCUGAGGAAAUACUUCUUGCUGGGGAAAGAGGAAAAUGAAGUGAAGUACCUCAGGUGCUUUGCUUCACUGGUUUGAAAUGUGUAAUUUGCUGAAAUUCCUUCUGAGUUAUUCUAAUUACUUACCAUUUGUGAAUGUCUAUUUUUCUCCUAAUCUUCAUUUUCAGGAUAUUUUCAGAAACCAAAAGUAGUUGAAGACCAAAAUGUAUUUCUUAUUUCUAACAAAAUGUAAAGAGAAUUCUGGAGGGACUUCAGCUGUUACCGUAGUGCUGCUGCAAGGGCACUAUGUGAUUCUGCUCAGUACAGAAGAUUUUAAUAUCAAGCAAUAAAUUGCAAAAGAAUUGCAGGCCAAAGGAAGGAAUAUUUGGCAUUAAGAUAUUUCUUGAAGCAAGGUGUAUUCAAGGCCCUCUUAAAUUCAGGGAAUGUUUGGCAGUUACUUUGCUGCUCUAAAUAUAACAGUAUUUUGUAUGGAAUAUGAUCUGGUGAGACCCAGCAUUUUAUAUAUUUUCCUCUAGUAUGACUGAGUUAUAGAUUUCUGCAUAUUUUAUUGUCAGACUUUGAUAGCAUAAUAAACUUUAUCUAAUAUUGAA